UAAUUUUCCAUAAAGGUGACUUAAACUAAGUUGAAAAUUCCAAAAUUUUAUAUAUUGCUUGUAUACAUAGUACACAAAAGGGGGUUGAAGAAUUAGAGAGGCUGCUGUAUGCAUUGUACAAUAUUAAUAUUGAAAAGAAAAACCAUUUGGUUUACUGACCUUUCCUCUUCAUGAUGAGAAAUUGAACUUUUCUUUUUCUUAUAAAGCUCUUUAUAAAAAGCUUGAAUUUUUGGGUACCUUAGUAAAUUUAAUAUGAUUAUGAGUUUGUAUAUAAGAAGACUUGAACAAACUGCACAACUAUCUGUUACUUUACAGGUUAGAAGAUGGAGUUUAUGCAUAGGAGGAAAGUGGCUAUAUCCUUGCUAUUAUUUGCUCUCCUCUUUGCCUUUAACUUCACUAAUCUUGAAGGAUUAUCAGCCAGGCCACCAGAAAGAAGAUUAGUUGAAUUAGAUUAUGCUUCAGAAGCCAAGCAAUCAGAUGAUACAGUGAGAAUAAAUCCUUUGGACAAUUUCAAGAAAUACAAAGGAGGAUUUGACAUUACAAAUAAACACUAUUGGAGUUCCACAAUUUUUACAGGUAUAUAUGGCUAUGUCAUUGCAGUGAUAUGGCUGUUGUGUGGCUUAGGAUAUGGAGUAUUUCUUGUAGCCUCCACCUGCUGCUCUAAAAGGAAAAACAAAGAGUUUAAGAAGAAAUCAACUUGUUAUAAACAAUGUUAUCUCUGGCUGACCUUCUCAGCUAUUUUCUUGACAAUUUUAGCUAUAACAGCUACAGGCCUGGCACUAGGAGGGAAUGCAAAACUUCGUUCAAGAACAAAUACAGUUGUGGACAUUGUCGUUGAUACAGCAGAGGGGGCAUCGGAGACUAUAUACACUACUACUGGAGCCCUGAGAGCGAUGUACACUGACUUAGCACAUACUGAUAUACGUCAUGAGGCUGCUCGUUUCCUCAUUCCCACCUCUCGAAGUCUUGACAGACAGGCUGCUGAUAUACAUAGGGAAGCCACCGAAAACAGGCGUUUAAUCAUGAAAGGCCUUGACAUAUUGUAUAUAGUAACUACAUUGAUCAUUUCACUCAACUUGGUUGCUGUAAUUGCCCUAACAGUAUUUGGAAUCCUCAAAUUCAGAAGAACUUUUCGCCUGCUGAUUGCAGUAUGUUGGAUGUUUACAAUUCUGUGCUGGUUAUUUUUCGGGAUUUAUUUCUUCCUAGACAACUUUGCUGGAGAUGCAUGCACAGCUCUAGAAAGUUUCGAGAUAAAUCCCUACAACAAUAGCUUGAGUUCAAUCCUCCCCUGUAGUGAAUUACUCACUGCAGAAUCAAUCCUAUAUGAAGUCAGUGAAGGGAUUCAUCGAAUAGUGAACAGGGUAAAUCGUGCUUUAUCAACAAAUUAUGGAAAUGUUGCACAAAUCUGCAAUCCAUUCUCCGGUCCACCUGACUAUAACUACGAGCCUGAUGAGAACUGUCCAUCUAGCGCAAUCAGGAUAGGAGACCUCCCUCGGAUAAUCAAGAUGUUGACUUGCACGAAUGAAAACUGCAUAGGAGGAGUCUUGAUUCCGCUUAGGGACUUCAAUAACAUCGAGGCAUAUACAACUGCUCUCAAAAGGAUACUGGAUGUGUACCCUGGAAUGGAAAGCCUAGCAGAAUGCGACACAGUGUAUGAUUCGUUCUCUGAUAUCCUUGACUACCACUGCAAACCAUUAAAGAAAAACGCGCAUAUGACAUGGGGAGGACUCGUUUUCCUGUCAACAGUAAUGGUCGCGUUAGUCCUCGUGUGGACAUUUGAAGCACACCAUGAACAGAAUCAUCAUCACAACUUUGAUAGUUCAAUCAAGCCUCAUUCUUCUGCAACAGUAGAUAUGAUAGAAUUAGGCAAAGUUAAAGAAGCCGAGGUUGAUACUAAUCCUAGUUCAAUAACCUAAAUGACAUCUGAUUAAGUGUUAGCUUAGAGAAUUAUACAGAUUUAACAGAUUGUAGGGAUUAGAAGAGUAUAUAUAGGAGAUCAAAGGGAUCUCUAACAUAGCAAUAUAGGAGAUUCUUUAUUGUUAACAAAGUUAAAACAAGCCAGUUUAUUGGGACAAACCCCUAAUGGCAUGUAUGAAAUUCAAACAAGA